UCUGGAAUUCAGUUUGAAAGUUUAUAGCAGCUUUGUGGUCAGAGUUUUAAUAAUAUAGAGAAGCCUAGCCAAGCUAAGAAAGAAUCAACUGGUAGACACACUCACCGAUCGCGAGGAGCUUCGCUUUUAUCAACACAAGGAAACACUGUCAACUCUGUGUAGAUAAUCAUCACUGCAUUGCUCCGUGUGUCACUGAAGAGAUGAAGCUGCUGGUACUACUAACAGCCUGUGUGCUUUGUUAUGGUCAGCAGCCGGUAAUACCGGUAAUAGAGCCGGUGUUGAUAGUAGGUCGUGCUGGGGAGAUAGUCACCAUCACGUGUAUUGUGGGAGACAUUGAACCUAGUUCCACUAUAAUACUCACUGACAACUCUCAGCAGCUGAUGACAAACAACCAAGACGUGCAAACUGACCGUGUGGUGUACACGUAUGGUCCAUUAAUACCAGAGGACGAAGGUCGUAUGGUCAUCUGUCAGUACGGUGAUGAACAAGCAUCUGGAAGUAUCUCUGUGCUGUUCCCUCCACAGUAUUCAGUGGUUGACACCGCUCACGAUGUUAUAGAGGGCAGUGCGUACAGAGUGACCCUGGAUGUUGCAGCCAACCCCAUGCCUACUAACCAGGAGACAACGUGGACCUUCAAUGGUGGUCCUCUGGGGGAGCGCGUUACUGUCACUUUCAACACUCUCGAGUUCACUAACAUCAAUAGAGACCACAGUGGUGUCUACGCUGUCAGCUCCACCACCAGCGCUGGGACUAGCACUCCGGAUAACUUUAAUAUCACCAUCAAUGUGUUGUACCCACCUAUGUUCACUGCUGAACCCAGCACUGGUCUAGUAUGCACUGAGACCACCACCUCCUCCUACACCUGUGUGUUGUUAGAGGGGAUGGGGGGAACUCUGAACUGUGCUACCGUGGGAAAUCCCCCACCCACCCUCACAAUCAACUCAGAUGUGUCUGAGCAAAUCUCUGUAAACAACAUCACAGGAUUGGUAACAUUUAGCUCCGCCACUAAUGGAGAGAAUGGAGCCACGGUGGACUGUACUGCCACUAAUGGAGAUGUCACUGUGUCAAGAUCAUUCAUCGUCCAUGUUGGCAGAGGUCCUGCUCAACCUACUGACGUCACGGCAACUAUCUCUGGCAGCAUCUUAACUGUCUCGUGGACCUACUCUGACCCUGACAACAUUAAUAUCCCUCUCGUUCAAUUCUCCUACACUAUACAAGCAGCUACUAGUGGUUCAACUGUUGUCAGGGAUGGCACUGCUGGGCCUAGUGAGAGAAGCCUCACAGUGGAUGUGUUAGAACUUGAGGAAAACACUCGAUACAACGUUGAGCUCAGAGCAGAGAAUCAGUUGGGGAGUACUGCGGCUGCCAGUCAGUUUACAACUCCCAUGGGUGAUAACAGUGGUGGCAAUGGAGGCUCAGUGACCACCUGCUCCUGUCUACUGAGUGUACUGCUCACUGUGUGUCUGGCACUGGUGCUCAGAUUAUAGAGUCAAAAUUAACACAUCUCAAGUUUUUGUUUUCAUUUCUAAGUUUUUAUAUUCUAGUUUUCAUAUAGGACUGGCGUGUGUGUAUGUGUGUAGUUACAUUUCUAUCUCUGAUCCCUUUUCAUGGUUUGUGUGGGUGUUGAUUCAAA